UGCCACGGCAGCGAGUAAACAGCGACGAGCUGGUCAGAGAGCAGAGGGCGCGAUGCUGUGCUGCAGCGUAUUAUUGGUGCCGGUGGCGGUGCUGAUGACGUACGUGGUGGCGCGGUCGCUGCCGCCGUCAGAUGCCACUGCCGGCGUCCGCAGUCCCUUCUGCGACGAACCGGACCCGAAGCUGCGGCGCGCUGCGGAGCUGGUGUACUGGUGCACCACGGCCGUGCUCACCGUCGGUGUGGCGUCGCUGUCGGAGUUCUGGACCGCCCUCGCCAGGACACGGCGCUACUGGAAGGCGGCCGACAGCCCGCCCGCCGCCGCAGACCAGGGUCGAAGGCGGAAGCGCGAACCAGCGUCUUACCCGAGGACAGCGCCCCGCGGCCAGAUGCCAUCCUAGCUGACGAUCCAGCCGUUCAGAGACAGACUGAUGCGCUGAAGACUGAACAGAUCUAACAGUAUCAAAAACGCCGAAAUUCCUGAGCUUUCCUUUACUGUUAUACGUGCAUAUUUUGGACAAAACCACUGAAUCGUCCAGUGGUAGGGAUGCCAUCAAAGAAUUUUAAAUUGCAGCACAAGCACUUAAAAAUAAAACCUGUUGGUAAAAGACAA